CUUAACACAAAAUUAAAAUAUUAGGACAAAUUUCAAAAGGCCAAUCAUUAAAUUAGACUUGGCAAAAAAAAAAAAACAUUAAAUUAGAUAACCAUUUUACUGUCUUCGAUCUAACGAACCGGAAUCGGGUCAUUUCUGAAUUACCGUCACCGCCUCCAUAUUUCUUUCCUUUCCACGACCGACGAAUUUUGGAUCAGCUUUCACCUUAUAGAUUUCUUUCCUUUUCAAAUUCUCAUCGUCAGGAGUUGAUUUAGAUGUAAUUUAAUUCAUCAACAUGUUCGUGGAGAGAAGAGAUCUAAUUAUUAUCUGAGGAAUUGAAUUGCAGGGGAAGCGAAUAUGGAUCAGUUCGAAGCUUAUUUCAGGAGAGCAGAUUUAGAUGGAGACGGUAGAAUCAGUGGACAUGAAGCUAUUUCUUUCUUUCAAGGAGCCAAUUUACCCCAACAAAUCCUUGCUCAGAUAUGGAUGCAUGCUGAUCAAAGUCGUACCGGCUUCCUUGGUCGUCCUGAAUUUUACAACUUUCUCAAGCUUGCAACUGUUGCACAAAGUAAAAGAGAAUUGACACCUGAUAUUGUCAAGGCAGCAUUGUAUGGCCCUGCUGCAGCUAAGAUCCCACCACCUAAAAUCAAUCUUCCAGCCACUCCUAUGCAACAGGUAAACCCAAGGCCUCCUGCUACUCAAAUCGGUGCUGUUGCCCCCCCGGUAUCAGUUCAGAAUCCUGGCUUUAGAGGGCCUGGAGUUCCAAAUCCAACUAUGGGCCAGCAGUAUUUUCCUUCUCAACAUAGUCAGACCAUGAGACCUCCUCAGGCUAUUCCUCCUGGAAUUGCUUCUCGUCCCCCUCAGGGCAUUAACAGUCCAGAUUUUUCCAGAGGAGGUGGUAUGAUGGCUCAUUCGCAGGUUAUGCCUACCGGUGUUGCUCCCCGUCCACCUCAAUCCAUGCCUGGCUCUACAGCCAGUCCCAACAUAUCAACCUCAAACAUCCUAACUGAUUGGUCUGGUGGAAAGCCUAGCGCGGCUAUGUCCGGUCCUCCAUCUACAUCCAAUGUUGCUUUACAAUCACAAACUCAGUAUUCCAUGCAAUCCCAGCAAUCUGCUAAUAAUUCUAAAGCCUUGGUUGUUUCUGGAAAUGGGUUUGCUACUGGCUCGUCCUUUGGAGCUGAUGUGUUUUCUGCCAUGCCGUCUACCAGAAAUCAAGAACCUUCUGUGCCUACAUUUUCUUCUAGUGGACCACCAGCCUUAUCAACUGCAGUUCCAGCUACAAGUGGGGGCCUCUCUUCAAAGUCCAACUCACUUGAUUCGCUACAGAGUAUUUAUGCAAUGCAACCUCUAGGAGGUCAGCUGCAGCGAACUCAGUCACUGCCCACAUCUGGCCAACAGGUUUCAACUUCAGUUUCUUCCUCCCUUGCAUCUCCUAGCACUUCAGUUGGAGUUGGAAAUUCGUCUGAUAAUGCACAACCCCCAUGGCCUAAGAUGAAACCAUCAGAUGUUCAAAAGUACUCUAAAGUGUUUAUGGAAGUAGAUACCGAUAGAGAUGGUAGAAUCACUGGUGAGCAGGCACGGAAUCUAUUUUUAAGCUGGAGGCUACCGAGAGAGGUUCUGAAGCAGGUUUGGGACUUGUCUGAUCAGGAUAGUGAUAGCAUGCUUUCUUUGAGGGAAUUUUGCUUUGCACUUUAUUUGAUGGAGCGGCAUAGGGAAGGUCGACAACUUCCAGCAUCUCUUCCAAGUAGCAUUAUGCUUGAUGAUACGUUAUUGUCCAUGACAGGUCAACCAAAAGCUGGAACUGUAGCAUGGGGUCCCAAUCCUGGUUUUGGGCAGCAGCCUGGAAUAGGUGCUCGAUCAAUGGCCCCUGUGACUGGUUUGAGGCCACCAGUUCAGGUGACUGCCCUCCAGUCCCAGCCUGAUAGUGCAGUGUCUAAUCAGCAGAAUCCAAGAGCAGUUGGUUUGGAUGAUUCCUUUCUGAACCAAAGUAAUAGUGGAGAGCAGAACUCAAUGCCUCAAGAUGGAACUGGCACGGAGAAAAAGGCUGGUGAACCAGAAAAGGUUAUUUUGGACUCGAAAGAGAAGAUGGAAUUUUACCGGAGUAAAAUGCAGGACCUUGUUCUUUAUAAAAGCAGAUGCGACAAUAGGCUGAAUGAAAUUACAGAAAGGGCCUUGGCAGAUAAGCGUGAGGCCGAGAUGCUGGGUAAGAAGUAUGAAGAGAAAUAUAAGCAAGUUGCAGAAGUGGCAUCUAAAUUAACUAUUGAAGAGGCAACUUUCCGUGAUAUUCAGGAGAGGAAGAACGAAUUGAAUCAAGCAAUGGUCAACAUGGAACAAGGAGGAAGUGCUGAUGGUAUUCUUCAGGUCCGUGCUGAUCGUAUACAAUCUGAUCUUGAUGAGCUAGUGAGAGUUUUGAUUGAGCGUUGCAAGAAACACGGGUUAGAGAUCAAGUCAAGUUCAAUGAUUGAGCUUCCUUUUGGCUGGCAACCUGGAAUUCAAGAGGGUGCAGCUGGCUGGGAUGAAGAUUGGGAUAAGUUUGAGGAUGAAGGAUUUUCCAAAGACCUCACUAUUGACAUGAAAAAUGUAUCUGCUGCAAAUUCAAAUUCCACUAUGCAAAAAGAAAUAGGGUCGCAGGAUGGUAGUCUAACACCUGAUUCCUUAUCUAAUGGUGGUGGCAAGUCAGCAAACUUGUUUGCUGGGGAUGAUGCUCUUGAGGGUGAAUCUGCAUAUGGCCACAGCGAUGAUGAAUUGGCAAGAAGCCCUCGAGGCAGUUCAACUGGACGAACUGCCUUAGAAAGUCCAUCACAGGACUUCUCUGAUGUAUUUACAAAGAGUGCUGAUGCAGAUGCAGAAUCGCAUAGAAGUUUUGAUGAAUCGACAUGGGGUGCUUUUGAUACUCAUGAUGACACAGACUCAGUCUGGGGAUUUAACCGUGCUAGUACUAAGCAGGAUGCAGAUUCUGAUAAGCACAACGAUUUCUUUGGAACUGAUGAUUUUGGUUUAAAUCCAAUAAGAACAGGAUCCCCUUCCUCUGACAAUUUUUUCCAGAAAAAGAGUCCAUUUUUUGAAGAUUCAGUAGCUGGCUCCCCGGUUUCCAGGUUUGGGAACUCCCCGAGGUAUAGCGAAGCAGGGGACCACAUGGACAAUUUUUCAAGAAUGGAUUCCUUCAACACGCAUGAAGGUGGAUUUUCUCCACGAGAGAGGUUUUCACGGUUUGAUUCCAUGAACAGCUCAAAGGACUUCGGCCAUAGAGGCGCCUUCUCAUCUUUUGACGAUGCAGACCCAUUUGGAUCCAGCGGACCAUUUAAGGUUUCAUCCGACAAUCAAACUCAAAAUAAGAGGUUCUGAAAAUUGGAGUGGAUUCUACUUUUUAGUGGGCAGUCCAAGUCUCAACCAUCGUUCUUCUUGGGCGAAUUCAUUGUGGCCAGUUUUGUCUGUGCUGUAUAGUAGGGUGAAGAUUGAAGAGCUGGAUUGAUGUAAAUUUUCUUUGGUGUGGUAACGUCUAAUUUGCGCAUGGGCAGAACUUUAUUUUUUCCUGUGGAAAAUAUAUCGAUUGUUUUUUCGAGUUACAAAUUUAGGAUGACGAUGAUGUCAGACACAUAGAAGUGAGGUUAAUACUCUGUAUUCUUUUCCAGUUUCAUUCUGGUUCUGCGUUAUUUCAAGGGUGAAAAUUAGCAUAUGCCCCUGUUUGUACCUCAGAACAAAAUCUUAGAAACAUUUCCGUGUUUAUUUUGGUGUGUAGAUUUCAGAAGAAAGUUACUCAACAUAAAAUGUUCCAUUUGUUCUCAA